UAUAAAAGCAAUUGCGGAUUCGAGUAUAGCAGCAUCUAGCAAAAAGUUCGCGGACCAGGUAGACCUUGGCGGUAGUGCUUGGAUAGCUCCGGAGUUCAGCGGAUUCCGCGACUAACGAUUUUGCGGAGAAGUGUCCCGAGAGAUCUCGACCCGAUCGACCGAUUUCCAUCGAGUCCCAGCGUUUCUAACCGUUCCGAUCUAACUCCAGCAAUUCGAUCAUCGAGGAUGGCGCAGUGGAUCAGUUUCCUCCUCCUCGUCGCCGCAGCGACGAUAACCGUCACGGAGUCCAGAGCAAUUCCCGCCGAACCCGUUUCAGUGAUGCUGGACCCAUAUGGCAAUCCCAUAGUCUUCCUCCGCGAGAAGAGAACCCCCGUGCAACCGUAUCCUCACAGGGCGAUGAUGUUCACCGGGUACUACAGGCCCGUGCGCCGCUCGAGUACCGGCGGCCAAGCGACAGGCGUUUUCGCACAAGGAAACGCUGUUAGUGGCGAGGCUUUCUUCGGAGGCAUGCAGACGCCUCACUUGAACAACGGCCCGGAACCGAUCGAGGAGUCAGAAGUCUCGAGCGCGGAGGCCCAAGCGGCGCCCGUGCCCGACGAGUCCUACAACGAGGACCAGACGCCGGUGCAGCAGGAAGGAGAAUACCAGCCCGAGGGACAUAAUCAGCAGGAUGGACACUAUCCUCAAGACGAGUCGCAGAACCAUCCACAAGAAGAGUAUCCUGUGGAAGAGGAACAGAAUCAUCACAAGCAGGGUGCUCUUCCUCCUCAGGAAGAACCGGAGCCCGCGCCUGCGCCAGCGUUCACCACCGAGGCGGCUCCGGUUAUUCCUGCUGAAGAGCCGGUCUACCCCAGUUCCGAAGCUCCAGUGAAUCGACCCAAGGUUCACCACGGCAAGAAGACCAAGAAGACUCAGGUGGUGGUUAAAGAUGACGACGACGACGAGGAGGAGGACGACGAAGAGGACGACGAGGAACUGUCCGUUCCUUUCGUGCCUUUCAAGGGCAACCGUCGCCGGCAGAACUACCCGAACUUGAACAACUACUUCCCCAUGGUGUUCAGCUUCCCCGGUGUGUCCACGCGUUCCGGAUCCUCGGGAUCCCCUCCGGGAGCUGUGACCGCGAUCGCCAACAGUUACUCCACCGGCAAAGGAGGAGUCGCCAGCUCGGUAGCCACCGCGUACGGAGGAUCUCCUAACGGCGUUACGAUGCAACGAUCGAUCUGUGUCCAGAAAAAAGAAGCGUCCAACAACUGGCGACGAAUAAACCUUCAGCCAUCGGAUGGAGAUCGGCCGUGAGACCGGAUCGACGGACGAGCCGAGUCCACCGUUCGAUGUAUCUUUCGAAUCGAUAUUCCACGCGGCAUUAACACGCGCAACCGGGCGGAUUCCCAGCGGUGCCCUGCCUUCUCUUCAUCAUCGUGGUCAUUAUCGUCGUCGUCGCUGGAAUGCCGCUCCCGUGGACGUCCUUAAAUCAAUUCGUGUUCCUGGCAGCCUAUCCAAUCGCGUUAGCCCUUUAAGACCGAUCCAGCCUAGGAGAUCCUCGAUUCGAUCGACUUCCGCAGAGUCGCGUCAACGACCGAUACAUCUGUAAUUGGUAACGGUAAAACGAACGAAGAAUCGUGAUCGGAGUCGCGGAUCCGACCAGCUCGCGUCACCAUUUUUUGGGGCGGAGACGCGCGGAAUGGAGUCGCAUCGAUUCGAGAGAUUGUAAAGAAGUCGCGUGAUCGUUCGUUAUCGCCUGGAAUCGCAAACAACUGAAAAAUCAGGAAUCUAUCGAAGCUCGCCACAUUGUAGCGUAGCCUACCGAUUAAAGAGUAAUCACGGAUUUAUGCACAGCUGAUGAAUUUGGUGAGUCAGCGUCGAGGAGGAACGAUAAGGUUACGCGAUUCCAUUACGAUCCUGUUACGGCGUAUUCUUGCAUUUUCGGAAAUCUUCGCAUGCGAUGUUCGAGUGUCGCGUAAGAACCUUACUUUUAGAUAAUUCUAGAAUAAAACUGUUUUAAUAGUAGACUCGUUCGUUUGUCUCGUUGUUGAGUUACCUAUACACCUACCUAUCCGACCGUUCCUAGUCCUUUUGAGUGUUAUUGACUAGUCCUACGCAUUUGCGGCAAGGCCUUCCAAGGCCGUUCAAACACUGACCCCAGAAACACUUUCUUGGAACGAACGUUGGUUAUUAAGCAACCACGCCUACGAGCGUAACUAUUUCCGAGAACCGUCCGUUAAAACUCAUAAUCGCGUCUGCUUGCUUUUCAAUGGAUCAUCGGUAUUAUCUUGUGACACGCUCGUCACUCCGUUUACGCAGGACGAUACCGCGAAAUUCACGGUUGAUUUUCAUUUCGUGCAAGCCACGCGAUUUAAUUGUUCGCUAACAGCGGUUGCGCAAUUGGGGAAUCACACGUUUGUCGUCGAGAUCUCGAAAAUGCGGCGUACAAGUGAGCUCGAUCCGACGAGCAAUCGCGAUGAAAACUGCAUAGAAA